CUAAAAAUUCUGCGAGCGAACCACAGGAGUGUGGAAAAAGAAAAUAUGCCGUGUCGUCGAAGCUAGGAGGGAUUCCGAGGGGCGUCUUCGGAGAUGGAGGCGAUAUGGGGCGUCUCGUGGCGAUCUCGGGCGGUGCCCGUUGGCCACUUACCGGAGAGAUCGCGCCGACGCAUGCUCUCCUCUUCACUCCCUCCGCUGGCGAGGGUGGCGGUGAGGUCCGAGUCCGGUGCCAACCGGAUGUUCGUGUUCGGAACGGGAUUCGUCGGCCGUUACGUGUCGGAUCGGCUGAGGAAAGAAGGAUGGCAGGUUUCUGGGACUUGCACUAAUCCUAGUAGCAAGAGAGUACUUGAGGAGAUGGGAUUGGAAGCAUUCAUUUUUGAUGUGCAUAAUAGCAAGUUGAGUAGCCUUCAUACGCUGCAACAUGCAACCCAUCUUCUUAUCUCCAUCCCACCUAUUGUAGGCAUUGGUGAUCCUUUGCUCCGUUUACAUGAAGACUUGCAAGGUACACUUAGUCACGGAAAUCUUCAGUGGCUAUGUUACCUGUCCUCAACAAGUAGGUCGACAUCCAGUGUACCCUUAAAUUUCUUCUUUGGUGUUUAUGGAGAUUGUAGUGGUGCUUGGGUUGAUGAGGACUACCCUGUAAACCCUCAAAAAGAAUCCGCUAAGGCAAGGCUUGCAGCAGAGAAAGGAUGGCUUGCUCUAGGCCACGAGCUUGGUGUGGUAGUUAAUAUAUUUCGACUAGGUGGAAUCUAUGGGCCCGGAAGAAGUGCUUUGGAUACCAUACUUAAACGGGAAUCCCUGUCAGAAGGACAAAAGAGGAGGGAAACUAGGCUUUACACAGCACGGGUUCAUGUUGCUGACAUCCAUCAGGCAAUCAAGGCCAGCUUUGACAUCCUAUCUUCAGGGAAAAUAUACAAUGUCGUGGAUGAUGACCCCGCCCCAAGAGCAGAAGUGUUUGCCUUUGCAGAGGCCCUGAUUGAGAGAAGAUGGCCUCGCAUGGCAAGCAGGUCCGCAUGCGGCAGUCUAGAGGAUUUAAAAUCCCUGAAGGAAAACAUACAUCAUGGUGAGAAGCGCGUGUCAAAUGCCCGUCUAAAGAAGGAUCUUGGUGUUAGGCUUCUAUAUCCAACAUACAGGUUGGGGCUUCAGAGCAUUUUGGAUUCUUGGGAACUAUUUCCAACAGAUAGAGAGAGCCAGCAGCACGACAGGGGAUGGGAAGCCUAGGAUCCAGAUUACGGAGGGGCAGGAGGGUUGGUUAAAACUUAAAACUAGCAUGGCCUGCCUAUGGCACUCCACCCUCAAUGACAACAAUUGGAGUGCCGGCAAAGCCUAUAUAUUAAGCAAACCUCAUCAUGUACGAGAGCCUAUAUAUUCUUAAUCUCCAUUUCAUGUACAGCAACCUACUGUUAGCCUGUACAACUACCUAA